AGUGCAUCGUGUGUCAGCGCAAAUUCCACGAGGCCUGAUGGCGCGCCUUGGCGUUCCAUUGCGUUUUAUUUUCGUACGGAAGUAACCUUGAGCCAAAUAAACUAAUUUUCUUUUUUCCUCUGAUAUCUGCUUAUUUCUUUUGUAGACACUCGAAGCAGCCGUAAAUAAAUUGUUGCCAACUCCAUUCACAUCACUGGCGCAUAGCGACAGUGACAGUGCACCAAAUGGCGGUGAGGACGUAAGUACGUGGCAAGGCUAUAAUAGACACAACGUUUGCACCACAACGGCGGCGCCUCACAACAGUCGGUGCCAGCGCGUCAAUGUGGAAGAUAGCAAUUCUCAGUUGCUUGCUUGCGCGAAGUGGGCUGGAUGAAUACAAAUAGUCGUACAUGUGCAACAUAGCAAAUGAUUACAUACGCAAACACAUAUCAGCGCGAUGUCUGCAGCUGCAUUAAAGUCAAUGUCAAUUUCAUCCGCAUCACGGCAGCUACAACUCCAAUUUAACCAGCAAAUAAAGCAACAGCCAAAGAUUGAAUUGGAUUCAUCGGCUAUGAUAGAUGCUGAUGUUGUUGACGCGAAUGCAAAUAAUCCAAAAUGCGCCUAUGUAAAUGGAACUAUAGGCGCUACUGUCCCAGAUGCUUCACAAGUACACACACAAAAGGAGGCUUGCGCAUGUGUGAGUUCUCCACCCGAUGCGGCUAUAGUGUUGCGCGUCCCUGCGACGUUUUGUAGCGCCAGCUUUUGCCCAAAUUCCGCUCAACUGCAUAUGCCGGUGCUUCUAUCGACCUAUGAACCGUUUCCAGCAGCCGUAGCUACUGUUGGACCGGAAACGUUGGCGACAAAUCAGACCACAUGUCGCACUGCCUGCUCGCUCUUAGCUUUAACCGUGGAGCCAACAGUUUUGCAGGAGAAAAAGUAUUUGGCAGACUAUCAACGCUGCUGGCCGCCGCCGCUGUUCAUUAUACUGGUGUCGCUUCUGGAGAUUGCCGUCUUCAUAUACGAUUACAUGACAGUCCAAUUGUCAGUGGCAGCGUUGGCGGUGGCAGUGACAGGGGCGCCACCAGAGGCCAGCACCAGCAAGCUAUUCAUAUCGAGUGAAUCGUCGCUUAUCUAUCGGCCAGAUUGUCGUCUAGAGAUGUGGCGUUUCAUCUCGUAUAUGUUGUUGCACGCGAAUUGGUUCCACCUGAGCUUCAAUGUUGUCAUACAGCUGGUGUACGGGCUGCCCUUGGAGGUGGUGCACGGUUCGGCGCGCGUUGCCAUCAUCUAUUUGGCUGGCGUAUUUGCCGGCUCGCUGGGCACCAGUGUCGUCGACUCGGAGGUGUAUUUAGUGGGUGCAAGUGGUGGCGUUUACGCGCUAUUGACCGCACAUUUAGCGAAUAUUCUGCUCAACUUCAGUCAAAUGCGUUAUGGCAUAACCCAGUUGGUACGGGUCAUCGUAUUUGUUUCCUGUGACCUGGCCUAUGCAUUCUAUGCCAAAUAUUACAGCACCAAAAGCGUCAUAAAUAUGGAGGCCAAAGCACUACCAAGAGUUUCAUAUAUUGCACACCUGACUGGCGCGUUGGCGGGUUUCACAAUGGGUUUGCUGGUGUUGAAGAAUUUCGACAGUCCGAAAUCGGCGCAGUCGAAACUGUUGUGGUGGCUGGCAUUGGGCGUCUAUUCGGCAUUUACGAUAUUCGCGAUUGUGUUCAACCUCAUCAACACAGCCACUGCACAAAUACUCGAAGAGGAUGGUGAAGUGGUCACGCAACAUUUACUUCAUAAUUUGGAUAAAUCGAAAAGCCAAAAUGGACAACACUUUCCAGGUUCAAUUUUCCGGGAGGGUCUACUUCAGCGCCAUUUUUACAAUUAUUACAAUUUAAAAUACAUUUUUUUUAAUUUUUGUAUGUAAAAGGAGUUAAGUAAAAAUCUUGAAAAAUGUAAAUAUCGUUUUUCAUUUUUUAUUGUAAAAGAAAUCCUGAAAAUACCCUAAAUUGGCGAGCUCUAGACCACUGGAACCUCUUAAGUGCAAGGAACUUUUUGAUAUGAAAGUUUCAGAUGGGUACCCUAAAGAAGUUCAUCCAGCAGCAACAGAUGCAGAUGAGUAUUGCAAUUAUAAAGGCUCUACAGAUGUUUUCUAACAACAUCAAGAUGCACGCCACAAAUAGGAGGUGGAACUCCGCCAAACACCCAAAAAGGGUGUAAGCGCCAAUUAUUCUAUUCAAUAUAUCUACAUCGCUACAUCAAGUGAUCACCAAAUUGUUUCGUUUUGUUUUAAUUGUUUGACAUUUGAUUAUUGUCAGGAUUAGGUGCGAUAGAUUUUUUCUGAAACAGAGGGCGCUUAUUCGAAGUAGCACACAGGUAUUUCAUGUGGACUAACUUUUGAUCUGCUCGGUGAUGAGAUAAUCAAUUCACAUUUUGUAUGGUGAAAUCUUGCUAAAUCAAGUGGCUUUACCAGAUCGUCCAUUUAGCAACAAUAAUUAUUUGAUUAAGUUUUGGUCUGAACAUACUGUAAAGUUCCUUUUCCCUUAGGCGCGACCCCAUACUCCAAUCGGUUUGCUUACUGCAUUUCACGUUGCUCUCGUUGCACGAAUAAGGGUGUAGGCUAGAACUGCAUACCAAAUGUACCAGGAGCUUUGGAUUUCAGCGCCUGGAACGCUUAGUGUGUCGUUCUAGCUUAAGAGUGUUAGGAAGAGGUACCGAUUUAAAUGCACAUAUUUUAUUUAUUUCCACAGUAGUUUCUUAUAGUUAAAAUAUGCAAGAAAAUAUAUUACAUAUCACUAACAAAUUAUAUACUCACAACUAUGUAUAAGAAUUUAAAGAAAUUUUAUUAGAAUAUUUAAGUUAUAAUA